GCGCAAUGAGAGAGGGAGACAGGAGGGAGGGAGCAGGAGGCGAGCACUGUCGCUACAUCCUUUAAAGAGACGAAAAAACAACAACAACAACAACGCAAGGAGAGCUCGUCUCUGUACAUUCUCCCUCUCCUCCGCGUCCUUUUUGCCCCUCUCUUUCUGGCCAUUGUCCGAGCCUCGUGUGUAGGAUGAGCUCCAGCCUGCUGGAAAAUCCGGUGCAAGCGAUCUUGUACCUGCGGGAGCUCACCACAAUUGUGCAGAACCAGCAAAGUCUCAUCCAGACGCAGCGCUCCCGCAUCGAGGAGCUGGACCGGCGGGUGGAUGAGCUCAUCGGGGAGAACAGGCACCUGCGAGAUGUCCGCGUGCAGCAACAUCAGCAUCCUUACCCCGCUUACGCUCACCACCUCCUCCAUCAUCACCAUCAGCUUCACCCCGACGUGGGCUGCCUCCAUCACCUCCACCUCGCUCAGGACCCCCAGACCAAGAGCUCCGCGACGAGUUCCGCGCCGGAGCAAGCGGCUGCACCGGCACAGCAAGUCGACGGGGCCGCGGUGGUCCAGCCUCCUUCCGCGGAGCCUCUGGACCCGGGGGAAAUGCAGCUGGUUCCGGCCGAGCCGACCACUAAUUCACCGGUCGAAACCGAGCCGGAGAACGGCGGGAGUUGCAGCGGCUGUCGCUCCUUAGUUCCGAUGACCCCGACUACCCUGUGUCGGUCGCUGGCUCUCACCAAGACAUCUGAAAAUGAGACAGUGCUGCAUCAGUUCUGCUGCCCCGCUCCUGAGCAUCCCGAGGCCGACGGGAGCGGGACGUCCAGCAGCCGGUUGCUGAGCCUGGAGGACGGCUCGUCCUCGGGAGGACGCGACGCGGAGGGCAGCGCAGCCAAGCGGGAGGGGCCCAGCGACUAUGAGAUCUCCCUGGAGAACAAAAACAAACAGAUAGAAGACCUAGAGCAGAAGUACGGAGGCCACCUUAUUGCCAGACGGGCCGCCCGCCGCAUCCAGACCGCCUUCCGUCAGUACCAGCUCAGCAAAAACUUUCAAAAGAUUCGCAACUCACUCUCGGAAAGCAAGCUACCCCGCCGGAUCUCACUGCGCCAACCCAGCCCCUCGGGGCGGAAUCGCAAUAGUACCCAGAGACAUAGUUAUUCCCUCCAUCCGGGAGGCGGGCAGAUCCCGCUUCGUUCCAAGACGCCGCCACCGCCGCCUUGUCGCUCCACCUCUCUGCCCCCGUCUCCCGCGUCCGCACCGGCAGCGGCUGCCCCUCCGACCGUGGGACCGACGCCCUCUCAAAGCCCCGGACCCUCGCUCUCACAGCUGGAGGACUGCUUCUCCGAACAACUUCACUCGCUGGCCCAGUCAAUAGAUGAGGCCCUCCGCGGUUGGAGCGUAUCUGAAAGUUCUGAAGGCCAGGGCCUCCUCAUGGACCCGGGAGCUCUCCGCGCCGCCGCGGAGAGCGCCUGCCUCCCCCGCAGCGCCAGCUCCCUGCUCAUGGCCUUCCGGGACGUCACCGUCCACAUCGACAGCAAUAGUUCCUACACCAUCUCCUCUGCAACCACCACCACCACCACCACCUCCCUGGGCAACGCUGGCGGCGAGGCGGGCAGCAGGAAGACCUCGCUCAGCGGGAUGGGCCUCGCCGGAGGAGAGUCCGCCGAGGAGCCGGAGUUCCCCGCACCUCCUCCCAGCGAGGAGCUGGAGAAUUUGGAUCCGGGGUCACGGAGGGGCUCGGCCGUGCCCGUCCCGGCGGGCGGCCUACCGGUGGACGGCAUAUCGGACAUAGCCGGCUCCACCUCCACGUCUACCUCCACCGCCAUCGUCACCUCGGCCCAGUCCGACCAGCAGCCCGCACAGAUUUACACACAGUACCAGCAGUACCACUACACCCACCCUCAGCAGCUGGUGGCGGGCACCGGCCCAGAUGCCCUCCAGGCUCUGGUGGUCUCCCUGCCCAGGGAUCGAUGCCAGGAUCCAGCGUCCUGUCGCUCGCCCACCCUCUCCACUGACACACAUCGUAAACGGCUCUAUCGCAUUGGAUUAAACCUCUUCAAUGUCAACCCAGAGAAAGGCAUCCACUUCCUGAUCACGCGCGGCUUUGUGCCUGACACGGCCAUCGGCGUGGCUCACUUCCUGCUGCAGAGGAAAGGCCUGAGCAGGCAGAUGAUCGGAGAGUUCCUGGGCAACAGCAAACUGCAGUUCAACAGAGACGUUCUUGACUGCGUGGUGGACGAGAUGGAUUUCUCGUGCAUGGAGCUGGACGAGGCUCUGAGAAAGUUUCAGGCUCACGUGCGCGUGCAGGGCGAGGCACAGAAGGUGGAGCGACUCAUUGAGGCCUUCAGCCAGCGCUACUGCAUGUGUAAUCCUGAUGUGGUGCAGCAAUUCCACAACCCCGACACCAUCUUCAUCCUGGCCUUCGCUGUGGUCCUCCUCAACACUGACAUGUACUCGCCCAACAUCAAACCGCAGCGCAAGAUGGGCCUUGACGACUUCAUACGCAACCUCAGAGGUGUGGACGAUGGAGCUGACAUCCCCAGAGAGAUGGUUGCUGGCAUUUAUGAGAGGAUCCAACAAAGAGAGCUGCGAUCUAAUGAGGACCAUGUUACCUAUGUGAGCCGCGUGGAGCAGUCCAUCCUUGGUCUGAAGACUAUCUUGGCUGUACCUCACAGACGUCUGGUGUGCUGCUGUCGUCUGUUUGAGGUUCCCGAUGCCAAUAAACCUCAUAAACAGAAACUGUCACAGCUCCAGAGAGAGGUCUUCCUCUUCAACGACCUGCUCUUGAUCCUGAAGCUGUGCCCCAAGAAGAAAAGCUCAGCUUCUUACACCUUCUGCAAAGCGAUGGGUCUCCUGGGAAUGCAGUUUCACCUCUUCAGCAAUGAAUACUACGCCCAUGGCAUCACCAUGCUGAGCCCGUUUACCUCCGAGAAGAAGCAGCUGGUCAGCUUUUGCUCGCCAAGCGGAGAGGAGCUGCGGAAAUUUGCAGAGGAGCUGCGAGAGGCCAUUUCCGAAGUCAAUGAGAUGGAGCACAUACACAUCCAGUGGGAACUGGAGAGGCAACAGGGCAUCCAGCCUCACAGCAUACACACAAAUGGCGGCCAAGUGGACGCGCACACGGGGCACGGAUCCCCCUCAGGUCAGCAGGACGUGUACGAUAAAAGCGGCAACAACAACGCUGUGGAGGUGAGUGCCAAAAACACUCUUGUCUCCCUCAGGCUGCAGACCUACCAACUGAGUCCGCCCAGCGUUGAGCCGACACCCCCCCUGGCCCUGACCGCCCCGCCCGCCUUGCUGGGCCCCGUCCCGGCCGGGGAGCUCCGCCCGGAGACACUGAUCCAGUGCCAGCAGAUCGUCAAAGUCAUCGUGGUGGACCAGAGCGGGCGGGGCCGCAUGGAAGCAUUCCUCAGCCAGGGCCCGGCCGCCCACCAGCUCCUGCGCUCGGCCAUGUCCACGCCUGUCCAUGUUCAGGGCGACGGGCCUCAGCCCCCUCUGCCGCCGCCCCCGCCCCCUUACAACCACCCGCACCAGUUCUGCCCGCCGGACUCGCCCAUGCCGCUCCACCACACCAUACCGCUCACUCGAAGGCGCAACUCCAGCGGCUCCCGCAGCAUCGUCUGAGCCCCCUGCCCCCAUGGCACACGACUUUAUAGGGAUGCCAUUUUGUAACAUCAAUGGGCUUGCUCGCUGAGCAUCCAUCUCCCAGGUUUCACCAUCCACAAGACACAUUUGGACUGUUUGUGCACAGGCGGCAAUCGGCAAAAAGAUUCUCCUAAAAGCAGGGGUGUGCAAACCUAUGUGCUCAAGGGUCACAUUUGAUUUUCAAAAUGAACAGGUGAGCCAGCUCAUUUGCGUUUGUUACAAAAAUACAUUCAAAUUUUAUGCCAAGUAUGUAACCUGCAUAAUAAUUCAUGACAGAUAUUUAUUUUCUUUAUACAUCAUUUAUUUAAUGAUAACUAAUUUAUGAAUGACUAAAUUAAACUUUUUACUGAGAUUUUCUGUAGGGUAUUUUUUGUCAAAUUAUUUAAAUAUUUAUUUAAUACAUAAAUAGAAUGAUUUAAUUGUACAGACAUAUGUUUUAUGUAAAAGAGUAGUAAUAAGUACAAAAUAUAUAACUAUAUUUAUAUUUAAUUUAAUUUGAAGUAAUUCACAAAAUAUUUCAUUGAAUCAAAAGAAUGUUUGAGUCAUAUUUUUGUUAUUUAGUAAUAGUUUUUAAAUUAUUGAAAAUAAAAAUAAUGUAAUUUAUAUAUUUUGUUCAAAACUAUUUCACUUGAAUCUGUUAACAAAUUAUUUAAUUAAAUAAAAUGCAUUUUACUUGUACGCAUUUUAUUAUUCAUAGAUUUUUAUCGUUUAUUACUCAAUUAUGUAAUUAAAUAAAACACCAAACCAACAUUAUUUUAUUAUUCAAUUAAAUAAUUAUUUGACAUAAAUGAAUACACAAGAAAUACAUUAUAUCUGGCUAAUUUAAUACAAAAUCUGUAUAAAUGGAAAAGUUUAUAAAAUGAAUGAAUACAGGGUGAAAUGAAUUUAACUAACGUAAGAGUGUUGAUACCGCAAAUGUUCACUAAGCCAGAUUUAAGGGCCGCGUGUGGCCCACGGGCCAUACUUUGCUCACCCCUGUCUGAAAACGUUAUUUAAAAAAGAGGACGUUAAAAAAAGAAAAGAUGACUCAGAUCUCAGCACAAGUCUCACUUCUCGGGCUACAAUUAUUUUGUUCUUAUCUACUGUGGAAAGAGAAGAAGGCUGCUUAUGGCUGCAGUUGUUCCUUGUACGAUCAGAUUGCGUCUUCAAGGGAGGAAAAACACACACAGAGAGAGAGAGAGAGAGAGAGAGAGAGAGAGAGAGAGAGAGAGAGAGAGAGAGAGAGAGAGAGAGAGAGAGAGAGAGAGAGAGAGAGAGAGAGAGAGAGAGAGAGAGAGAGAGAGAGAGAGAGAGAAGGUGACAAAGAUGUCUCCCCUACAUGUAUGUCACACGCGUAGGCUUGUCAAAAAAACAAAGUACAGUUUUAGUAUUGUGUUAGCAAGCAGUGUUCGGGCCAUGCUGGAAAGAUGAAAAACAAACAACAACAAAAAAGUGAAAUUAUGAGAAAACAAUUGUCACAAUUAUCAAGAGUAAAAUCCAGACAUUUUUUUCAGGGGGAAAAAAAACCCAACCCUAAAAUAUAAUUUUAUAGUAAGUACAGAUACCAAUGAUCAUUAUUGGGUCGAGAUCAGCUCUUUUUCAAGGUAUGGGGUCUCCUAACGAAUGCAGAUACCAGCCACCGAUACUAAAGACAUUUUUUUUUUUGCAUCGAGUAAGCCUUGCCUGUAGUCGGUGCUACACUGCGCUCAUUUGACACAAUAGCGAAGCAUCAUUUGUUUUCCAAUAUUUUUCCAAUUUAAUUUAUAAUGUUACUUUUCAUGUUUAAUUAAUUGUUUAUCUACCUAGUUGUCCCUUUUUAAUGUCAUUAUCACACCUUGUCAAAAUAAAUCAUUCAUUCAGCAUGUAGUGUCAGAAAGGUCUCCCCCCGCCCCAAUAAAAUGACCACAAUCUUGUAAAUCCUUCAUUCAAUAAAAUCCAGACUUUUUGCCCUCAUACCAUAUACAAUACAACUUGAAAUUUUGCCGCUUUACACAUACUUUUAAAAAGAAUGAUUAGUUAGCCGGUGGAAAAAAAUAUAUAUUUUGGGCGGGGUGAAAUUAUGACCUUGUUCCUCAAAAAUGGCCCCCAUUGUUCCUGUAACAUCACAACUUCAUUUUCAUAAAAUGAAAACAACUUCAUGUGACAUUUUUUUCUUUCACUAAUACUGCUUGAAUCUGAUCAUUUUCUCUUUUUUUCAAAUGACAUUUUUUUUCAACCUUUGUCUCAUUUAAUGUCAACAUGAUACCUCACAUGACUGUUGUAUUUUUUGUCUUUUCAGUGUGGCCUUUAUACAUUUGACUGACAUGAAGUAGCAGGAAAGGCUCGCACCUGCCUGACUUCCAUUCCCCCUGCUCACACUGCGACCGGGGGCUUAUCAUUCAUCAUGAAUGCCCCCCCCCCACCUCCCUCCCUCCCGCCUUGUGCAUUCACUCUUACUGGUUUUCUCCACUGUGAAUACUGUUGUUGUUGAAGGCCAUUUAUCAGGUGGCAAACUCUCACUUAAUAGCUUUAGUUUGAGGAAGAAAAAUAAUGCCACCACACACACACACACGACUUAGUGGUCGACUUAGGUCCACUCGUAAAUGCUUUUUGCACUUUUUAGCUUCCGCCACAGUGACAAUGUAUUGAAAAAACAAAACAAAAGAGGAAAUAAGAAAAAAGCAGCGUCGGCAAGAUGAUUGUGGUGAAAUUGAUAUCAUGGCAUUUCGGUUGGGACGCUUUGUACAGCAGACACGCACCGAAGCACGUCUUCUACUUUUUUUUUUUGCACCACAGAAUAUAUGAAAUAUAUAAUGUAAAUACAUAGAUUCUAUUCUGAGAGCGUGAUCUCACAUCCGUGUGUGCGUGUCUACGUCUGCUGAAUUUGUACAGAGAAGAGUCUAGUUUAAAAGCAAGAGAGACAAACACAGAGCUAUAGUUCUUCUUAUUAUUCGGGAUGACUAUUGACGUCUCAUAUCGGGCGUUAUGGAGUCCCGCAGCCGAAGUGGGAAAAACGGCAAAAGCUUUUAUAGGUUUUAGAGCGGUUACCACGGCAACACCUAUAUUACUAUUAUUGUUACAAUGGUCGUUACGGUAGUAUUGUGUCAUUAAGAGGAGCUGUGCAAAGGGCUAUGCUGUUUGGGUGAUUACACACACAUGCACAAACGCAGUCGGCAAAUCAACACAAAAUCAAUUUUAGGAAAUGCUUGUCUUCUCUCUGCUUAGUUGUUUGGAUUUUUUUUUCUUUUUUCUCGACUCUCACAUUGACUUGAAGAGCGCCAUUCAGCAUGUAAAGCUUCCAAAGCGGCUCUAGUCUGUGUUUGUAUCAUAAACAAUCGUGUCCGCUGAUGUCAUUUUCUACGAUUUUUAAUUUAAGGCGCGAAUGCUGAAGAGCCUCCAGAAUUCCACAAAUUUUCAUGGCAAAAUUCCCCAGAGCUGUUUAUACGUUUUCCAACUCCUGCACGUUUUUCGGUCGAUUCAAAUCACUCCAAUGUCAAAAUGUUCAGGACAGCUUUGUCAUAUUCCAAAAAUGCCCACUUUGUCCUCGGAAUUUAUAAACAUCCCAACGAAUGGUGUGGUUUUAAAGAUCACAAUGUCUUAACCCAUUUCCUACAUUUUGAUAACUUCUUCCGAAUUUCUUUUCCGCAUCAGCUCUUCAGCAUUCACCUGCAAGUUCGAUUGCAUUUUACAGUUUUUAUUAUCUCUCUUCCUGUCCUGAGCCUUCCUCUGUCCCUCCUUCGCUGCGGUUGUCAUGGCGCCCUCAUACCCCCUCAAUAAGCACUGUCAUGAAUAUUUGCACCCACACACUAUUUAUAAACAAAAAAAAGAAUAUCAAAUGGAAGAUUUCUUAAAGAUCAACAUGUUUAUUAUUAAAAAAAAGCGUAUUUCUAUUUUUUUCUCUUUGUUCGUUUGGGGAGAAUGAAAGAAUAAAGUAGUUUUUACUCUCCGUGCA